AGCUCGCCACGCCUCGCCUCGUUUUUUCUCAAUAGUUGUCAGAGCCUCGGGUCACUCACUAGUCGUCGUGAGGCAUCUUCCACUCCCUUUCUUUCUCUCUCUCUGUCUCCCUGUCCUCCACCUCCUCAGGUCUCCAGCAUCCCAGUUUUGCAAAGGCUGAGAAAACCGUGGACCGCGCAGCCGCUCGUGUAUUCUGAGGUUGUUUGAGCAUCCGCAUCUGAGUGAGGCAGGAAAACAAACGCAAGUCUUUUCUCUUCAAAAGUUCUCUGCUCAAACUCCGACCAUGUCCGGCGAAGACGCACCUGCCCAGCAGCAAAACGCCGAGGAGCAGAAGCAGCAGCAGCAGGAGACUAAGACGCCCGCAGAGUCCCCAAAAACCGAGAGCAAACCGGACCCACCGCCCACCAGCGCGUCCACCGAGGCCGCCGCCACUGCUGCUGCUGCCGCCGCCGACACCCCAGCGCCCGCCGCCGAGAAAGCCCCAGAGGAGGACACGUUCACCUACCGGGCGCUGGUGCUCACCGGCUACGGCGGGUACGAUAAGGUGAAGCUCCAGGUGAAGAAGGGGAAACCGACUCUCAAGAGCGGCGAGGUGAUGGUGCGCGUGAAAAUGUGCGGGCUGAACUUCGCCGAUCUGAUGGCGAGACAGGGACUGUACGACCGGCUGCCGUCCCCGCCGGUAACCCCGGGAAUGGAGUGCUCGGGCGUCAUUGAGGCUGUCGGUGAAGAAGUGACUGACAGAAAAGUGGGUGAUAAGGUUCUAGUUCUGAACCGGAGCGGGAUGUGGCAGGAAGUAGUAGUGGUGGCGAGCACACACACUUUCCUGAUGCCCGAGGGCAUGAGCUUUGAGGAGGCGGCGGCACUUCCUGUCAAUUACAUCACCGCCUACAUGAUGCUCUUCGACUUUGGGCACCUGCGUCCAAAUCAGAGUGUCCUUGUCCAUAUGGCUGCAGGUGGAGUGGGCAUCGCCGCUACCCAGCUGUGUAAAACGGUGAAUGAUGUCACAGUGUUUGGCACCGCCUCUGCCAGCAAGCAUGAGGUCAUCAGUCAGGGUGGAGUCACUCACCCCAUCGACUACAGGACGCGCGAUUACGUGGAGGAGGUCCGCAAAAUAAGCCCUAAAGGCUUGGAUAUUGUUCUGGAUCCUCUGGGAGGCUCUGACACCCAUAAAGGCUACAACCUGCUCAAACCAAUGGGGAAGCUCAUCAGCUACGGUGCCGCUAACAUGUUGGCGGGCCAGAAGAAGAACCUGUUUGCAGUGGCCAAGACCUGGUACCAGCAGUUCUCCGUUCACACCCUGAGCCUGUGCCAAGGAAACCGCUCGGUGUGUGGAUUUCAUCUGGGGUACCUGGACUCUGAGACCGAGCUCAUCGAUCAGGCCAUGACGGCAGUUAUGGACCUGUACAGGCAGGGCAAGGUUAAGCCCCGAAUCGACUCCACCUACCACCUAGAACAGGUCGGUGAUGCCAUGCGUAGGAUGCAGGAGAGGAACAACAUCGGCAAAAUCAUCCUCACCACCGAGCCCAUGAAGGAAGAGGAGAAGAAAGAGGAGGCCAAGAAAGAUGAGGAGAAGAAGGAUGACAAGAAGAAGGACGACAAGAAAAAGGACGACAAGAAGAAGGAAGACAAGAAGAAGGACGAGGCCAAGAAGGAGGAGAAGAAGGAGGAGAAGAAGAAGGAAGAGGCCAAGAAGGACGACAAGAAAGCAGAAGAAAAGAAGGAAGAAGUCAAGAAAGAGGAGAACUGAGUGGAGAGAAACAUUGUGGAUUUGCUUUUUGUCUGUGUCAGCGGGUUGGGAGUCGUUUGAGUGUGUGUAUGUGUGCGUGUGUGUUUCUGUGUGUGUGUUUAUGGAGGGGUGUAUAGUGUAAUUAGCUUAACCCCAGGUGAUUCCUGACAUUAGGUCUGCAUUUCAGCAAUCACGCAACACAAUUCGCACGUCACUUAGGUUCACACACAUCCACUCACACACACACACACACACACACACACACACAUCAUAAACCAAGGGAACACACCACUUGUUCUUGUUCUGUUGUAACCCGGUAGUAUUUAUUCCCAGUUCUGCUGCAACCUUUCUAACUCUUUCGUAUGACUGCACGCCACUGAGGUGUGUUAGGGCAGUAUUAUCCUUUUUAUAAGUAUCACCGCAGUGUUUACUCUCGAAUGAUAUAACAAAGUAACCGUAUUCUGCACACUUUAAGUUCAUAUCCUCUAACCUUAUUCCUGCCAAACUAAUGCACUAUAACAAAGUAAUUGUAUUCCACUGAAAUCUUUAUCUUUGUAGACGCAAACCAAAAAGCACCUCAUUCGCUCUCUACACCCCUCCGUGUGUUUGCGUAUCUGCUGUGAAGACUGGGUUUCCGUUCCCUAUUUUUAUUUUAUUUUUGUCUCUGAAGUGAGUGCGCUUGUUUAAUUUGCCAUACGUCAUCAAAAGUGAUAUUUUUCUGCCCACCUUGGUGCACAAAAAACAAGAGCACCCACCUACACUCCCAUUGUUUGUGUUGUUUCCCUCCCAUUGGACCAGACUCACUGACAUGCACUCAAGCCCCGCCCCCCUACGUAGGAGUCAGGGUGGUUUCCGAUUGGCUGAGAGGGACAACAAGCUUCUUUCAUGCGCACACAUGUGCACUAAAUUCACAAACACGCCGCCAACGCUACUAACAAGGGUGUUUUAGGCUUCAGCUGAUCAAUGUGCCAUGUCAUUAAAACGGUAAGCGCCAGGGUUUUAAUGAGUCUAGCUUGGCAAGCAGGACCAAUUAUAGAGAACAUUCUUCCAGGCUUUUUCCCAUCGUUUCGCCUUCUAUCAGAUGUGGAUGCAUAAAGACAGGAGUGGCCUUUCAUUCCUGAGCCUCCUCCAGGAUUCCUCGGGAUCCUGACGCUUUCCGCCUCUCAUUCCCCGUGAUGGUUUACCACGCGAUCAUUUUGACCUGCAGCUCACAUUUAAGUCUGAAUGGCUCUCUAACUCACUCACUCUCUGUCCGUAUCAUUUUUCCCCUCAUAGAGGUUGGCAUAGCAACAGCAGCUUGGCUAGUUAGGGAUGACAGCUAGGUCUCACCCCCUCACAGUCCCAUGCGGACCUAUACAAGCACUCGCAGCUGCUUUUUUCAUGAAACAAACUCCAGUGGUUUUAUUUCAGCACAUUGAGGAAUGUGGCUACUCCCUCUACACUCUCUCUUAGGCCUGUCAGUCAAACCCUCUGGCUCCUCCCCCUCCCCGUCUGUCAGAGAGCAGUGAUCUGCUGCCUCCGCUGGUGAUUUAUAUGCAUUGCAGUGCUAUCAUUCAAGCAUUCAAGACACCUGCUGACCACUCUCUUUCUAUUCACACCGUGAGUCUGGUUCAUUUCGUUGAGUGUGUUUGUGAAUCAAAACCAGACCCCCUCUUUUAUAUGUAAGUCUGUUAGAGUGACUGAGUGUGUGUGUUUCUGUAUUUGACCGUUUGUCCUCAGGUUUGUUGUCGGAUUUAGAUUCAAAUGUUCUUUCUUUUCUGUCUCUCUACCUCCCUCAUGCUACCUUUAUGCUACCGUCUGGCAUUUUAACCGUCUUCUCUUCUCCUCCUCCGUCAGUUUCUAACUCUUGAAUAUUCCGGCCCCCAUCAACGGCCUGCGUUGGUUUGCUAUCGUUUGCACUCAGCUUGCACUUAUAGAGAAUGCUGGUUCCACUCCUGAUCCUCCAGCAUCGCUGGUUCCUGAUCCAGGUUUUCACUCAGACCUUCCGUUUCAAUUUCUGUUCUCCCACCAACACACUCACUCUUUAUGCGUCUCUGAAAAUGUUUGAACAUGCAUGGAGUUGCUCACAAGGCUGCAUUGUUUGAUGCAUGCUCCUGUUUACAUAAUCACUAAAUGAGUGCAGAAAUCUGUCCAGGCCCAGAAUGCACUGGGACAGGAGUGGAACCACUGUUCUAGUCUGAAGAGUCACCUACUAAAUCCCGGUCCGGUUUUUAGUUCCGGAUCCGAGGGGUUGAGUUUCUUGUUGUGUUCCGCUGGUUCUCUUCCUGUGUUCCUGUGGAUGGUGACUCAGAGCACCAAGUAACCCUAACUAACACUUCAGUGAAAAAAUAUCCGUCCUCUUUGUGUUUUGGUUUUGUUUUGUAUGUUUGUUUUUGUGGUCUGCAUUUCAGUAGAUUUGAGUUCAAAAUGCUUUGCUGCAGUUCCUCUAAAAUGUGAUGAAUCAUGUGAUUUUGUUGGUCCUGACCGAGUGUGCCAAACUUUUUCGUGAAGGCGUGACCUUCGCUAUAACUGUGCUUACUGUUGAGAAAAAAAACAAACUUUGAAAGAUGAAGAAGAAAAAAAAAAAACCUAACCGUCUGUGGUUACUGUCAAAAUGACCUUGCAGUAAAAAGAUCUUGAGAUUCUGAAUUUGCUCCUGUCGUGUGUGGUCGAAUAUGCCCUGAAUGUUAUUGGUGCUGACUGAUUUUCGACUUGUUUUUUUGUUUUCCGCUAACAUUUGAAUCCAUGCAAAACCUCUCGUUCUCACUGUGCCUCAGUCGUAGACCAACACCAGAUUGCCUCCACGCAUGUUUACAAGCGAAUGCAUAUACUCGCGCGCACACACACACGUAGACAUUAGUUCGUCCCCAAUGCCGUCUCAGCUCUGCUGUCCUGAAGGGCUGAAAUCUCAUUCCCACUGAUCUGAAACCCCCCCCCCCCCCAGAUCAGGUGUACUGUUGUUUACGGAUGCACUUUGUGUGUCAUGUGAGCGUUCGUAGGUAAUUAAGCACGUUUGCAAACCUAUGACCAGAGGUAACCCGACAAAAAGAUCCAGCAGCAGUCAGAUCAAACAAAUGUUGGGUGUAGUAUUUAAGCCGAAAGCAUUUGCUGGCUGUUUUUGUUGCUCAGCAAAUGUACAGUAAUUCAUCAUGGCCUUAAAAGGAUGGUUCAUGCCAGAAUGAAUAUUUUGCAAUUUACUUAAUUUAAUGAUUACUUGAUUAAACAGAAAGUAACACAGGUUUAAAAUGACAUAUGGGGGUGAAUACUUAAUCAGAGUCUUCAUUUUUGUUGGAAAUAUCCUUUUAAUGUACAGUACUAGUCCUAGAGCCCCAUUCACAAGCAAAACCCUGCUGUGUCUUCAUUUACAGAUGAUCCAGCUGCGACGUUGCGGUUUUGGAACUCAUCUCGACUGCUUAUGACAUCAGAGCAGCUGUCGAUAUGGUUUUGUCCCUAGUUCUGUCUGCGUUGGCUUACGCUAUAUGCUGCUGGGACAUUUUAGAGCACACACGCCCAACAACAACUACAUCUGGGCUGGGAACGCUCGCUUUAAAUCUCUCAAGGUUUCGACAUUAUUAUGGGAUGAUGGUUUGGAGUAUUCUUCCUCUUCCUUUUUUAUUUGGAGCUUGCACGGCUCCACAAUGAGCUCAGCUGCAGGUGUGUGUCUCUCUCGUGGAUAUGGAAUUGUGUGACUGGGAGCCAGAGAGAGGCUCAGAUCGAGCCUAGCUGCUUCCUUCCUCAGUCUCUCAAUCCAAUAGCUUUCCCAGAACAGGAAACGCCCCUCAGAGUGCAGAAUUCCUGCCACAAAUGCAGCCUUAACCAGCGCUUAAUCGCAUCACGCCUAGACUUCAUUUACUAUUUUAGAUACACAAACGUAGUGCAAUUUGGUGUGCCUACAAUGAAAUGAAACUCUUUUAAAACAAUAUUUAUACAGCAGAUGUAUUUGCCUUGUCUUUUUCUGGCACAUACAAGAAGCAGCGAAUCAAUGUUUACUCUUUCCCACAUGUUCAUCGUAACUUUGUCUCGCAAACGUAAGCUGCGCACAUCACUUUUGAUGCACUUUUAAAUGCAUACUUGCGAGAACGAAGAUGCAUGGUGACGUUUCGGAAACAUCACGAGUUGCGAAAGUCUCUGCGUUUUGACUAAAGCGCCAAUCAGAGGCACCAGUUUACAUUCCUGAUUGGUUGUAAAUUCAAGCCCCGCCCCUGUUCAUCAGCAUUAAGGCUCCUCCCCCCCUCCACACACGUCAGAGAAGCACCACGGGUUGUUUGUGUUGAUGUUGUUUGUUUCUGGAAAAAACCCUCCAUCAGAUUGUUCUCCAUUUAAUUUCGAGAAUCUGAAGUGCUGCUGUUUCUGUGCUUGACUCUGGGUUGGUUGGACUGCGUGUGGUCAUGAGGACCGUAGAGUUCAUAACGCUUCUGUGUGUGAUGUGACCAUUUUGCCUUACAUGUUUUCCAGGACUAAUUAAAGAGCAUAACUAAAA